UUUUAUUUUAUUUUUUGUUAUAUAACAUUUUACAAUAUGCCAGUUCGUUCACCCGAUAUUACCAGUGUCGAUCAGCCCAUGGGUUCACCAAAGAGUUUGACGGAAAGAGAAGAAACUAACGAGAAUGUCAGUAAAGAAAAGAUGACCAACAUGAAGCUCAUGAUGAAAACCUUUGUAUUGGGAGCACUUCGUGAAAAAGAACAGGGUAACACCAGUCGUUAUAAUGAAUUGGUUGAAAUCCUCUCCCGAGAUCCCUCAAGUCCUGAAGCUCCUUCUACCUUAAAGUUAUUCACUUGGAUCGUCGUCCUAUCUCAAUGCGUAUCUCUCUUGGACAAAUCAUGCGCAACCCUGGUGGAAGCUGCUUUACAAGUCGACUGGAGUUUUCGUAAUAGAGCAUUCGUCAAUGCCUACAUUGAUUUCUUGGAGAAUUUGGUAUCCGCACAUGCUUUCUAUGUAGUCCCUAUCCUCAAUACCGUUGUCCAAGGCUUUAGAUACCGUGUACGUGUGCCUGAAGGUUCCAAUGUCACACGUAGUAAAUCAUAUGAACGUUCUCAUGAGGCGCUUCAAUGUAUUCUCCAACUUAUCCCUACAGGUACCAAUUCUCUCUUUGUUAGUCUUGUUCGCUUUAUGCCUCACAAACGUUUCAAUACGGCCGAACAAGCAGCGUACAUUAAGAACAUUUUGUACGUCUCAGAAUAUGUUCCCGUAUUACGUAAACAAAUCCUGGGUAUUGUGAUUGAUCAAAUGGUCCAAAUUGACGCACAAAUUCAGAUUGAGUUGGACGAAAUGGAUCAAGAUAUUGAAGCUGAUGUUUAUGAUAUGAAUUUUGAUAAAGACUACGAAUCCGAAAAUAGCGAUGACGACAUGUCUGACGAGGAUGAUGAUGAUGAUAGUAGCGUUGACAGUCGAACCUCCAACCAUGGUGUGGACCGUAAAGAUUCCAUUAUUCAAAUCAAGCACAUGGUACGAAAACUAGACGCCAUGAUGCACCUGGCAUUUCAAUAUUUCAGUAAAUGUGCUUCUUCCGCUUCCGUUGAUGUCCAGAAUGAAAUCUUUUAUGCCUUGGUAGAUAUCUUUGAUCGUGCUGUUCUCAAGACUUUAAAAUCACGUUAUACGCAGUUCCUCUUGUUCUACUUUUGUUCCUUGAAUGUUAAUGUGUAUAGUGAUUACUUUUUGGAACACUUGAUUCAGCACAUUACGGACCCUUUGAAACCCAAUGUUACGCGUGUGGCUGCUGCUGCCUAUAUCUCUUCAUAUGUUGCCAGAGCCAAGUUCUUAGACCCUAGCACUAUCCAACGUGUGGUUCUGACGUUAUCUGCCUGGUGUGGGUCUUAUGUGGAUCAAUACGAACCCAACGUACGUAGCCUUGACUGUACCAAACACGAUGUCUUCUAUGCGGUCAUUCAAGCCACCAUGUAUAUAUUUUGUUUCCGAUGGAGAGAUCUCGUGAUUAACAAUGAGUUGCAACUUGAAGAGGAACUGUUUGAAGAAGAAAUCAUGGAUGAGGAACAUCGUGAGUUAACACACCCCGAAUCCGGUUUUGGUCAUGCUGCCACACGUACUUGGUGUGUUGGAUUACGUAACUUGCCACGUUUAGUGAUGAGUAAAUUCAACCCAUUAAAGCUUUGUGCUCCCUCCGUUGUGACACAGUUUGCCAAAUUGUCAAGAAAUACUCAUUUUAUGUACGUUUAUCCUGUCUUGGAAAAAAAUCGUGAUAUCUUUGUACCGGGUUUAGGUGGCUCCAAUCUUUUACAGACCGUACAAACCUUUUUCCCUUUCGAUCCUUACAAGUUGGAUGGUAGUCGUGUGUUUGUAGAUGAUAUCUAUUUUGACUGGAUUGCAGAAGAUGAUGAGGAAGAGGAUAGUGAAGAGGAAGAAGAAGAUAGUGAAGAUGAAGAUGUGACUUCGGGCAUGAUGGCCAUGAGUAUCAGUCCCAGUCCCACUCACUACUUGAAUUAGACCCUCCUUUGCACGUACACGCACACUCGCACACACACACACACACACACACACACA